UCACAGAGCUUGGAAGUUGCACACUGGGCUGUUGAAUUGCGCGCUGUGCACGCGCUCGCUCCUCGCGCGCUCUUUUGUAGCCCUUACUGAACCGAGCUCCAACUUUCCACCCUGUCAGUGCAGCGAGGCAGAAAAAACUGCCCCACUGCCUCAACACCGAGAGCUGCAGAGCGGAAAGAGCGGGUGGCAAUAAUGCACGCUGCAAAGCGCUGAGCGGAAGCGAGUUGACAAGCAGAUGAUUAUAUCUGCAGUCAGAAAGCGAACCGCAAUUGAAUAAAUAAAAGAUCAGAAACAACAACAACAACAACAACAACAACAACGAGGGAGGAUCACCGCCGAACACACGCGCAGCAUCCAGGCGAAUCACUGAAUCGAUCAGUUCACGCGCGCUCUACUGAAACGGUGAACCGAGUCAGGAGUCGGUUCGGUGAGCUGAGCACGCUCCUGAAGGUUUCGAAGAUCCAACAUUUCUGGAAAUUGCUCUGUUCAGCGUGUUCCUGAGUGGUGCAGUGUAGCGUAACCGAGACACUAUAAACACCAUCACUUCUUCCUCUGAGCCUCUGACUCGCCUCAACAUUCGCUCCAGGCUUGCGAAUGUUUAUAGCAGUGCUGAUAAGAUACUCAUCAGCUCAUGAAGACCAGAUUUCACACAGCAUCUUCAACCGGUGUUCAUCGGUUCUAGAGUCACGAGGUAGAGCCAGAUGUCUUUGGUGUGAGGCAGCCAGGAGGAAAUCUGGUCAGCGACGAUAGACGACAGCGACCUGGAGGGCGGGCAGUUGAUGAAACCCUCCCACAAACCCUUUCCACUCUGCCUCUGAGCUCCUCCCAGAGCCCUGUCUCCAUGGCGAUGAGCAGUGACCCCGGCUACGGGGGGCCAGAGCUCGAACCCGACUCCGACUCCUCCCCCUCAUCCCCAGUGCCUCUCUCCGCCAAGAUGGCCGCCAUCACCUUAACCGACCCUUCCACCAACGGGCUAAGAAAUGGGGCGGGGCUUAAGAGGGCUCCACCCCAAAGGCCACACCUCUCCGGCAGGAAGAUGUCGCUUCAGGAGAGAGGGACGUACCUGUCAGCAGGGGGCGGAGCCGAGCGCAUCUCGCACAUUUCACCACGCGGCGCACGGCGGCCGACUAUCGAGUCCAAGCGGGUGUCCAUUUCAGACUCGCAGGACUGUAUCCAGCUUAACCAGUAUAAACUGAAGAGUGAAAUCGGGAAGGGUUCCUACGGUGUGGUCAAACUGGCCUACAACGAGGAUGACGAAAAGUAUUAUGCAAUGAAAGUGGUAUCUAAGAAGAAGCUGAUGAAGCAGUGUGGAUUUCCACGUCGUCCUCCUCCUCGAGGCCCUAAAGCAGCUUUGGGGGAACAGCCUAAAGUACUUGCACCUCUCGAGAGGGUUUACCAAGAGAUCGCCAUCCUAAAGAAGCUGGAUCAUCUGAACAUAGUCAAACUGGUGGAGGUGCUGGACGACCCAGCCGAGGACAACCUGCACAUGGUGUUUGAGUUAAUGCAGAAAGGCCCAGUGAUGGAGGUGCCUACAGACAACCCUUUAAGCGAGGAGCAGGCGCAUCUCUACUUCAGAGAUAUUGUCCUGGGCAUGGAGUACUUGCACUAUCAGAAGAUCGUCCACCGGGACAUCAAGCCUUCGAAUCUGUUGCUCGGAGAUGACGGCCAUGUGAAGAUUGCUGAUUUUGGUGUUAGUAACCAGUUCGAGGGUAACGAUGCCUUGCUCUCCAGCACGGCAGGGACGCCGGCUUUCAUGGCCCCGGAGACUCUGUCUGACAACCGCAAGAGCUUCAGCGGAAAGGCUCUUGAUGUGUGGGCAAUGGGAGUGACACUCUACUGUUUUGUAUUUGGGAAGUGUCCUUUUAUCGAUGAGUACAUCCUGGCGCUGCAUAACAAAAUCAGGAGCAAGCCUGUGGAGUUCCCCGAGACGCCAGCUAUCAGUGAAGACCUGAAGAAUCUGAUCCUGAAAAUGCUGGACAAGAACCCUGACACCAGGAUUACCAUUCCUCAGAUUAAGCUGGACCCCUGGGUCACACAGGAUGGUACUGACCCGUUGCCUUUAGAAGAAGAACACUGCACUGUGGUGGAGGUCACUGAAGAGGAUAUCCAGAACUCGGUCAAAUUUGUUCCCAGCCUGUCUGCUGUGAUCCUGGUGAAGGCCAUGCUGCGGAAGCGCUCUUUCGGGAACCCGUUUGAAUGUCCCAGCAGGAGGGAAGAAAGGUCCAUGUCUGCCCCAGGCAGCCUGCUCAUGGACUCGUGGCCGUUUCGUCCCUCUCUUAAACUCCACCCUUCUUUAAGAAAAGGUAGCAGCGGCGAAGCCGGGAGAGAGGUGGAGCUCGAGGACCUGCGUGAAGACGAACCGCCCUCCUCUGACGAUCGCUCAUAAGCGUAUGUGCUCAUCAGCCAUAAAACUCCGCCCUUUUACUCAUCAUCUUGCUCAUCAUCACAUCAACACAACCCGCAGAGGACCAUAUAUUUAUUUCCACCUGCAUCUGAAUUCUCGAAUGAAGUGUCUUAUUUCCGAAGCCUUUUUUGACCGCUGGUGGUUUGGGCGGAUCUACCUUGCUUUGUGAUGAACACAUCCAUCCUAGCUUUACGUCUGGAUUGUCUGGAUAUUGCUCCUCCUUUUGCCACGCCCACUGUGCAAAGCCACUCCCCCUGCCACCUGCGAUGCUGCACGGAGAGUCCGAGGGAACAUUAACGAACAUCCAGAUUUGUUUUAUAUCUAAGCUUUGGAGACAGAAUGUCCUUUCUUUUUCUUUUUUCCUCCUCAUGCUCUCUCGUCAUUCAUCACGAAUCAAUUUUUUUUUUUUUUUUGACUGCAUCGUUGAAGGACAAACAUUAUAUUGAUGGACAGCCAGAGGACUCGAAACUCAUUUUAAGGACUUGGAUAUUGAGAGAGAGAGAGAGAGAGAGAGAGAGAGAAAGAGAAAGAGAGAGAGAGAAGUGAAAGAAGGGAAGAGAAGCAUUUUGUACAUAAUGUAAUGUAACUUUGAUGUUGUCCUGCCUUGUUAUGCUUUGCAUACUGCUGUAAUAUUUAUUGUACACACAGCCAGUUUUGGACUGCUCGCCAUUUUGGUAUAUUUACACACACACACACACACACACACACACACACACACACACACACUAAUUGAAGGUUGUGUUUUUUUUUAUUCAAGUGGGCAAAACUCAGCCAUUAUGAGAGGGCUAUGAUAUUCUCACACAAGCACACAUUUCAGAAUAGGGCUAACCUGCAGGUGUUAGAGGGCUCCUCAUUUGAAACACACACACACACACACACACACACACGUACAAAUCACUAGCACACUGCAUGAUGGUGAAUGUUGCAAAUCCUCCAUUUAGACCGUAGUAUCACAGAAACCAUAUCAUGUGUCACAAUGUCCUAUUGUCUCGCUACAGGAGCAGAAUGUGUCAUCGUUUACCGAGUCGCGCCGCUCACAGCCGCUAAUUUGUCAGCGAGAGACACUGACGAGAUGCCCGACAGUUUGUGUGUCGUAAGCGCAUACAUAAACACAAACACAAGUCAGUGAGGGUGUGUAUUUGGGUCGAAAAGCGAGAGGAUCUGUCUGUUUCUCUCUCUCUCUCUCUCACUCUCCCCCUCCCUCUGUGUUUCUCUCUCUCUGUCUUCCUCUCUCUGUCUCUUUCUCCUUCCCUCUCUCUUUCUCUCAGUCUCAAUGCGGUGAUUAGCAUCAAGCCCAGCACAUCUUCUGUUAUUCAAAACGAAUCCCUUCCCCUCUGUCCUGGAUUACAUUUCUACAACAUUCCCACUCUGUCAGGAAGAUGAAAUCACUCUUCCCAGGAACUGCAGGCUGCUGAUAAUCAAACCUUUUCUUUUAAUUGGCCUCCAUUUCAAUUCAGUUAAGAAGCAAUAAUUCCUUUUUCUUUUUUUCCCGAUCAGAUGAAUAUUGCAGUGAUGUCUCUUGAUGGUGCCAAUCAUAAUAACUGCUAAUUAAACAGCGUGCAUGUUUUUCUCAACAUGAUUUGUUUUAUUAUAAACUGUUAGACUUCGGCAUAAUUAAAAGCAGGCUAUUAAUCCCAGGAGAUAUUAUGUGGAGAGGGGGAAAAAGGCAUGCUUUCGGCAGCCGGGGUGAUGAUGAUGUCUGGCAACAUCGAUGUGUAGCUGUUUAGUGUUUUAUUGGCACCGUUAAUAACAGCACUUUUUUAUUUUUAUUGAGUUACUAAAACUCAGAGAUCUGGUUUAGAAGAGAAUGAGUUUGAACGUCACGCUUAAAGGAAAAAUCCACCUUGAACAACUUGUUUAUUAAUAUAAAACCUCGAACCUUUAUUUUGUAAUGACAUUAAGUUUAGUUUUUUAGGUCUACUUUCACUACAUCACCUACAUGUUCCAUUGCAUCCUGAUAGCGAUGCAGCAGCGCUUUAGUCCUCAGUCCAGCUCUUUCACCUCCUCGUCCGUUCCAAAGCUUCAUCUUCAAGGCUUUAAUGCUAAUCCUGCCGUCAGCGACCUCGAGCUUGUCCGUCUCAUGAAUCGUCGCCUAGCUGAGCCGUGUCUCUUUGCGUGCAUUCAGGAAUUUAAAUCCGAUGCAUACUGUCACCUCUGCGUCGGAGUUCUUGGUAAUGUGACACUGAACGCCGCGGCAGAAUGCCGACUGAGAGAAUAAACACUUCCUCUCUUGUUUUGAAGGAGCUAGCUGUCUGCUCAGUGAUCCGUGAUCACUUGAGACCGUUGACGGGUUUCUUGUGCUUCAUUCUUCCUGUCCUAUAGCUACGUCUCCCAGCUGACCAACAAGAAUAUUAUACACAGCUCUGGGAAAAAAAAACAAAAACAAUAAGAGACCACUGCCCAAUCUCCAGAUUUGAAGUCAUGAAGAGGAAGAUGGAUGGUCACAAACCAUCAAGCAAAGCUGAGCUGUAUGUGUAUUUCGAUAUAUGAUCAUAUGCAGUGGGUUUCAAGGAGGAGUUUUCCUUUAAGUGUCUGGAUUGAGCCGUGGUCACCGUUUGAGACUUGGGUCCGAAUAUUCCGUUAAAAUCCACACAGUUGCUCGUAUUCAGAGAUAGCGUUGAUAUUUUUUAUGCAAAUUGUUUUAAAAACCAAGCCUCCCAGGUUUUUCUUGAUCAGAGGCGUCACAGAUGAGGUUUCCAGUAGCGUCCAGACUAUUGCCUUUAAACCUUUAAACACAAGCAUAAGCCAGAGGGGGGAAAAACAAAUCAGGGAUAGAAAAUAUGGACCGAAGACAGAAAUUGCAGUUUUGGUCAAUGAGCUGAUACUUGAAUGAGAAGAUGGAAACCACUAUCUGAUAGUCUAGUCUAUUGUCUUUAUUGUAUAGUGCAGCAUUGCUUAUCCUCAUUAUAACACUAAUCCCUGCAGUUUGGUUCAACAGUAUGACCUGCGUCUUUAUUAUUAGCAGGAUUCCUCUUUUUUUUAGUGCACAUAAACAAUAGCCAAGACAAUAUGGUCCAUGUUGAAUCAAUUAGGCGUAUUAUCAUGUAAUAAUCAAUGGCUGUAACUCUACUUAUUGUAACACUACUUAUUGUAACACUACGUCAACUCCUGGAGGUUUCUGGACUUCCUAUCCAGAAGGAAACUCCUUAUCCCUAAUUAGUAUAUAUUUGCUUGGCCACCAUUGAUGUUUUCUGUACCUCUGCGACAGUUACAGUCGUUUGUAUUGUUGCCCUCGGCAUGUUUGAUGGAGAAGUGUGAUUUUCCAUGUUACCUUGGCUCUCUGGAUGACGUGUAGACGCUCGUGGUCCCUCACAGAUGGUGUUUUCCCGCCGUUAACCAUUAUCCUGACUCCUGUCUCUCGCGCUCUCUUUCACACACUCUUUAUCUUUUUCUCACUCUUUCACACACUUUCUUUCUCUCUCUCACUUACUUUCUCUUGUCUCUCUCCCUCCCUCCCUCACUCUCUCUCUCUCUCUCUCUCGCUUAUUUUCUUUCUUUCUAUCUCUCUCUCACUCUCUCUCUCUCUAUCUCUCAUCCACACUCUCUCUCUCUCUCGCUUACUUUCUCUCUCUUUCACUCUCUCUCUCUCUCUCUCACACACUUACUUUCUCUCUCUCUCUCUUACUUUCUCUCUCUUUCACUCUCUCUCUCUCUUACACACUUACUUUCUCUCUCUCUCUCUUACUUUCUCUCUCUUUCUAACACUCUCUCUCUCUCUCUCUCUCUCUCUCUCUCUCAUAUGUCUCUCUCAUGUCUCUCAAGUGCUUGUGUGUGUGUGUAAUUGUAGGUUUCAGUCAUCUCUAUAGUUAGGAGGGAGGUGAAAUGAAUGUUGUGGUUUUGUAUGCACCAUAUGGAAGUGUACAGUAGUCACAAAUCUAUCAGAACACAGCAUGUGGGUCUCAUAAACGUAAUGCACGUGUCCCCCUCUCCUGAACGUUUACUAUGCACUCGUAUGUUGUUUGGAUGUUGUGUAUGUACCCGGCAUUACGGCAUGUCCCUGACCUCAGUAUAACGUUUUCAAAACUCUCGUUACAACAGCUCUUAUAUCAGGUGCAGUGUAUUAAUAACCGUGAGAUGACUCAAGUAUCUUAUUAUUAUUAAACGUGGAACGACUCAAGGAUAAUAAUGAAAAAUAAAAUCCCUUUAACGCAUUUUAUUGUACAUAUAAUGACAAGCUAAUGUGUGUGUGUGUGUGUGUGUGUGUCCUGCUCUGGUGUUUAUAUUAUACUUAUAGAGAUGCUUUAUACAGUAGUGGAACAGUGAUCUCUGUUAUGUAGUCUCUGUUCUGAUUCAGGUCAUAGGUUACAUUUGUGCAGUGCCUCAGUCACUUAACACACACACACACACACAGACACACACACACACACGUUCCAUUGGUUGUGGCACCAUGAACUGUACAUUCUUUGCUUAUGCGUUGCGAGAAACAUAAUGUGUGUAGUGCAUGGCUUCUCCAUAACUUGCACUGGGAAACACUACAUUAUUAAAAACCUACAUUGGGAUGCUUUACAUUGUUCAAUUUGUUUUUGCUAGUACAAUAAGAUUCAGUAGCAACUGGUCACUUUUUAUGUUAGCUAGACUGAGGCUGUGUUCCAGUACUGGUUUUGACACACCCUUACUGACUUCCCCUUAUCCUUGUGUAUAGAAAUGACUCUUGUGUGUAAUCCGUAUCGUCCUCUUAAGUGUUAGUCCACUUCUAUAAUAAGAAAAUUCAGGAU